GUCCCUUUUUCAACCUUCACUGCGAGUACGGUAUCGAGAGGGGCACCUUCAAGCAGGGGUCGAUAAAGAACCACUUGUAAUAUUUAUACACACAUACAAGAACAAUGUCCUUCCUCUCUAUCAGCAGACUAGCCCCAAGGCUCCUCAGUUCCAAGAAUGCAGCAUGUGUUGUCGUCGCUGCCAGAAAUGUCAGCGCAUCCACGAAUUUGAAAGAUGUCCUGGCAGAUCUCAUCCCUAAAGAACAGAGCAGGAUCAAGAACUUCAAACAGCAGCAUGGCAAAACCACAAUUGGUCAGAUCACAGUGGACAUGGUUUAUGGAGGAAUGAGAGGCAUGAAGGGUUUAGUGUAUGAGACCUCUGUGCUUGACCCCGAUGAGGGCAUCCGUUUCCGUGGCUACAGCAUUCCAGAGUGCCAGCAGCUGUUGCCCAAGGCUCCUGGAGGAGAGGAGCCGCUGCCAGAGGGUCUGUUCUGGCUGCUGAUCACAGGACAGGUGCCCACUGAGGAGCAGGUGACUUGGUUGUCUAAAGAGUGGGCUAAGCGUGCGGCCCUUCCAUCUCAUGUGGUCACCAUGCUGGACAACUUCCCCACCAACCUGCACCCCAUGUCUCAGUUCAGCGCCGCCAUUACGGCUCUGAACAGCGAGAGCAGUUUCGCUCGGGCAUACUCUGAGGGAGUUAACAAGGCCAAGUACUGGGAGUUUGUGUACGAGGACUCCAUGGACUUGAUCGCCAAGCUUCCUUGUGUGGCAGCCAAGAUCUACCGUAAUUUGUACCGUGAAGGCAGCAGCAUCGGCGCCAUCGACUCCAACCUGGACUGGUCACACAACUUCACCAACAUGCUGGGCUACAGCGAACCACAGUUCACAGAACUCAUGAGGCUCUACCUCACCAUCCACAGCGACCAUGAGGGUGGAAACGUCAGCGCACACACUAGUCACCUAGUAGGCAGUGCCCUGUCUGACCCCUACCUCUCCUUCAGCGCUGCUAUGAAUGGCUUAGCUGGACCCCUGCACGGACUGGCCAAUCAGGAGGUGCUGGUGUGGCUGACCGCCCUGCAGAAGGAGCUCGGUGGUGAGGUGUCUGAUGAGAAAAUGAGAGAUUACAUUUGGAACACACUCAAAUCAGGCAGAGUGGUGCCAGGCUAUGGCCAUGCUGUGCUGAGGAAGACAGAUCCUCGCUACACCUGUCAGCGUGAGUUUGCCCUCAAGCACCUUCCUAAUGACCCCAUGUUCAAGCUGGUAGCUCAACUCUACAAAAUCGUACCCAACGUGCUUCUGGAGCAGGGCAAGGCCAAGAACCCCUGGCCCAACGUAGAUGCUCACAGCGGAGUCCUGUUGCAAUAUUAUGGCAUGACUGAGAUGAACUAUUACACUGUGUUGUUUGGCGUAUCCCGGGCUUUGGGCGUCCUCUCCCAGCUGGUGUGGAGCAGAGCGCUCGGCUUCCCUCUGGAGCGUCCCAAGUCCAUGAGCACGGACGGACUCAUGGCUCUGGUUGGAGCCAAAUCAGGCUAGAGAGGGAAAGACCAUGCCAGCGGAGUGGGUACAGGAAGGGGAGGAACUUAAACUAUUAGAAACAAGCCCCCGGGCUAAAGGAUUUAAAGAGACAGUACACUUUUAAAUUUCAUCUAAGAAGGGCCUUUAUUAACAUAAGCAUCAAGAUUACACUUCCCAUUUACACGUUAAUUAAUCUUCCACACGCAGAAUGCACAUUUAAAGCUACUUUUUCACAAAUGUGUAGAUGCAUUACACAGUCAUCGUUUGCGGUCGCUCCUUUUUAAAUUUUUUUCAGACCGUAUGAUGCAGCUAUGGAUGUAGCGAGGUGGUUUUGAUGAGGAAGGCUGUGUUGUUGUCCAAGAACACAGCCGAGAGUGACAAGUCGUUCCAGAAAUCACCUCUCUCCUUAUUUAAACUAAUGACUAUGAAAUACUAGUUAUGAAGACUUAGUUCACCUAGUGUGUAAAAAAACCCUUUAUUCUCAGCUCUCACACCAAUUAUUUCAGUUUUAGUCUUGUAUUUUUACUCUCCUAAGGUCAGAUGUUCACUCGAGCCUCUGUUUGUAUGAGGAAAUGCAUUCGACAAAGUUUGACUAGGCGUCCCUCUAGCUAACAUCACGUUUCUCCUUGUAAGAGCACUCCAUGAUGGCAAUACGGUCCUCUCUCAAUAGAAUUGAUUCUGUGAGUUCAGUUCAAAUUGGGAAGCUUGUAUAUUUGUUUAAAAGGGUACUGCCCCUUUAAGUUAUCUCUCAUAUUGCUCUCUGACUUCAACCAAUCGUCUUCAUCUUCCUGUCUGUUAUUUGGAAGCACAUGUGGUGCCCUCUUUAUUUGAAAUGACCAGUCCUUCUUUAUUUCACCAGUGGACAUUAGCUUUGAUUUAAAGGUUUGUGUCAUUCACACAAGUUAUUGUAGUCGCAGGUAAUUCGCGUACCAACUUGAGAGCAAGUCGAAUUUGUGGCGUUUAAGUGUUCAUCCAAGAGUGCUCAAAAUAUGCUACUUUUUUACCUGUUUAGAGUUUUAGUGUCUUUUUUUUUUUUUUU